GCCGAAUCCCCCACUUGGCAAAGAGGGACUGACGAGAGAGUAGCAAUGAGAAGGCUUCUCGGGAUCGGGAGGCGCCGCCAGCAGCAGCCGCCGCCGCUGCCGCUCUUCCCGCCGCCGGCGACGAAGAGGGCCUCCCCGCCGUCCUCCUCCUCCUCCUCCUCCGCUCUCCUCCGCCGCAUCCUCCCCACCAACCGCCUCCUCCGCCUGCUCCUCCUCCUCGCCGCCCUCUCCCUCAUCCCCCCGGCCUUCUUCCACUUCCGCCUCCGCCGCUUCCACCGCAUGCGGGAGAGGAGGUGCGGGUGGAUCGCGAGCCCGCCGAUGGUGUGCGCGCACGGCGGCGACUCCACCAACGCGUUCCCCAACUCGAUGGACGCCUUCCGCCUGGCUCUGGACGCGCGCGUCGACUGCGUGGAGGUGGACGUCUCGAGGUCCUCCGAUGGCGCGCUCUUUGUGCUUCACGAUAGGGAUCUGCAAAGAAUGUCUGGUAAUUCUACAGCAAAAGUUGGCUACUGGAGCUCGGAUGAGAUUAAAGCUCUAAGCACAAGGUUUCAACUGUCAAAAAAAGUCCAGAACCAGGAAGUCCCUAAAGCACAAGAUGUUCUAGCGUUGAUAUCACAAUCCGUAAGGCAGGUUAUUCUGGAUGUCAAAGUUGGUCCUCCUUCAUUUGAGAAAGAUUUAGCUGAAGAUGUGCUGUCUACUAUAGGCAGAACACAAUGUAAAAAUUGUCUUGUCUGGGCAAAAAGUGACAAUGUGGGAAGGGAUGUAAUUAAAUUGUCUAAAGAUAUAACGGUUGGCUAUAUUGUUAUGGUUGAUAAGUCCACUGGUAGAACUACUGAGUUAGUAAGGAUAACAGGGUCCAAAGUUGCUGGUGUAUAUCAUCGCCUGAUCCACGAGAAGCUCAUGAAGGUUAUGCACAGAAAUGACAAAAAGGUUUAUGCGUGGACUGUUGAUGAUGCCGACUCCAUGAAGAGGAUGUUGUAUGAACAUGUUGAUGCCAUUGUCACAAGCAACCCUUCCCUUCUUCAGCAGCUCAUGCAGGAGACUAGGACAGAAUGCAUGGAAGAUGGUUUUGCCUUGCCAUAGUUUUGCCUUGCAUAUCAUGGUUGAUGCUUUAUACCUGCCAUGGUAGAACAUAAUGAGUGCAUGGAAGAAGGUUCUUUUUUUGCCUCUCCAGAGAUGACCAACGACUAAGUUGAUUUCUAACGCAUUUUUUUUGUUAUAGUUCAAUUAACAUGCAAUUUUCUAAUGUUCUGUUCUGUUUCUACACUUAGAUCAGAUUAAAGCAAAGGAACGGAUUGUCAUAGCUGAACCUUUCUGUAAUUUUUUUCGAGGAAGCGAACCUUUCUGUAAUCAUGUUAUGCUACCUAAAGCACCGUUCUUUUCAUCUUUCUUGAAAAUUGUAUGUGAUCUUGGCCGUGGAGCUUUACCCAUUUUAUCGUGAACGACUUGUGUGUCUC